GAAAGAUCUGUACACCUUUUGGGAAGCAAGUCACAAUGUGGCACGCUAAAAUCUUGAGCAUCGCCUUAGCUGCAGCCUCCUUCAUCUUCUCCGUACCGUACGCCAUCAUCAACGGGCGGCAGACCAAGAAGAUAGUACGACCCAACAACGUUACUGUUACUGGGUUUGAGUGUACCGUGGACGACGCGUACCUCGGCACAAUCUGGCCUCUGCUCAACGCGGGAUUUUUCGUGCUCCUGUUCGUCGUCUGCUGCGUGCCGCUUGUCGUGCUGUACAUUCUCAUCGGACUCAAAGCUUGGCGGCACAGCGAGGUCUACGGGGUCAAGGCCGGCGCCCAAAGCCAAUCCGCCGCCAGCGAAUCCAGCACGAGCGGCGACAUGAUGACGAAAUCGUCCAGCGUGUCAAACUCGGUCAAGCAAACAAGGUCAAAGUCGUACAUCAGAAAACAAAGCGACGAGAAGGAGAGAAAAAACGAAACAGACGGUAAAAUACUGGGGGUUUCUGCUGAAGACAACAACGAGGAUAAUGUUAUCGAGUUCGUCAAAGCGGACGUGAAGGAGAGUUCAGCUGUUAGCGAUGAUGUGUACGCCGUGAAAAUGACAAGAGGACCUCGGGUCCCCAACGUCAACUUAUCCAUGGUCAGGGAACUCACCGUUAAGCUCAAAGCGGUGCAGAAAGCUACGGAGAACCAGGUCGAUGAAAACAACGACGCGGGCUCGAACACAGACAAAACCGGACAUGAUACUAGUGACGUUGAUACCCCAAAAAUAAAUAACGGAAAUUCGGAAGAUCAUCCAAAACUGAGAUCGGAAAUCGAAAUGCCGAAAACCGCGAAGGAGUAUGCAAAUUUGAUGAAGAAAAGAAAAUUAGAGACGAUUGAUAGCUGUGAAGGUGAAAAUUAUGAUGCAGAAAAGGGACAGGAAACUGGCGAGGGUAAAUGUACAAAAAAUUCUGGGAGUUUGUCAAGGAGAGUUACCCACAAAACAAAACCCGAGGAUAAUGAAGGAGCAGAUGGGGAUAAAAAUAACCCGGAAAAAUCAAAUUCUAAUAAAAACGACGAAGAAAUCGACGAAGCGCCGAGCGACUUUGCCAAAAUGAUGCAGUGGGUUGACAUUACCUACUGCCUCAACGGCGACAACCCGGAUCAAGAGAUCCAACCUGAUACGGAAGACGGUCCUUCCGGCACGUUGGCCAAAAAAUGUUCUUUCACGUCCUCUCGUAAAAUCUCUCGAGAUAACAGUUUCCUGAAGAAACACCGGAAGCUCAGAGAAGCGCUGACAGACACUCUGACACGGGCGAGGAAAAGCAAAAAAGAUAAGGAAGUCGAUAGAAAAAGCGGCUCGGGGGUAGACCAAAACGAUAAAAUUGAUGAAAGCUACACAGAUACAACCCAAAACGGCAACCACGUCGAUGAGAACACGAACGAAGACGAUAAAAAAGUUGACGGAAAUUUAAAACCCGAAACAACAAUACAGCCUAGCGAAGAAAAGCAGAUAAUUUCCGAUAAACACCACAGAAGCAGACGACGAGGGAUGAGUCGUACAACGUGUAUGCUUCUUCUCAUAAGUGUUGUUUACAUUUUCGGCUUCUUGCCCUUUUUGGCCCUAGCGUUUUUUAAAACAGCGGCGUCGGAGCAUUACAACGCAAUGAACAACCUUGAACAUACAUUUUACAACCUGUUUCUCAGAUCGUACUUUUUAAACUGUGCGGCGAACCCCAUAAUCUACAGCUUGUGUGAUUUUAAUUUUAGAAAAGAGUGCUUAAAAUUAAUGAAACUAUCGUGAUGUUGCUAAACAAUUUGGUACCAAAACGGGAAGCAAAUAUAUAUAUAUAUAUAUAUAUAUAUAUAUAUAUAUAUAUAUAUAUAUAUCAUAACAGUAAUGCAGAAUUAUAUAUUUUUAACUCCAUACCGAUGAAACUAUUGUAUUAAAAC